UGACACAGAAAAAGUGUAUUUCUUGUUUAAUAUUUUUGUUACCUUUUAAAAGUAUUUGUUUGUUUGUUACAAAUGUUGUUUAAUAAUUGAAUGUUUAUUUGAGUAUUUGUAUUUUAUCUUCUUAACAAUUGCCAAUAGUGACACCUACUGGUGAAAAUAUGUAGCAUUGUACGUAUGUAGGUCACGUGUUUUUGAUAAGCUGCAUUGAACAUUGGGAAAGCACGAGGUGAUCACACGAACGGAGAAGUGUAAGAUCGAAAGAAGUGUAUAGAUUAAUAAGAUUGUUUGUUAAGAAGAUUUCUAAUGUCUCCUGAAUCCUGAUUGGAAAGCACACGUUUUUCACGGUGCUCAGAUGUUUGUGAUGACAAGGGGACGAACAUUAAAACUGAAAAUCUGAAUCUGAAGGCAUCAGUUGAAGCGUGCUUAUUUUCUAAUCACGGAGAAAAACUUCAGGAGCCGUUAUAGUGAAAAACGUGCAUUCACACCCUCUAAAAAGUGCAAGAAUUAAUCGUGAAAAUGAAGAGUUGCCAGCCCUCGUGGUGAUGCAGUUGACCCGGUGGAAAAUAGCAGCCGUCAGUGGAGGUGAAAAUGUCGUCAUUCAAGGGAGCAACGCGAUUUCGUCUUAUUGAAACUCCAUCUUGCUUUUCGCGUGACUGAAUUCCUUUCUGUGUAGAAGAGCAGCGCAAGAAGACAUUUUGCAGUGACAACUGAUAGCCACAAGGCGGCGACGUUGCAAAGUUUUUGACAAUUCAGUCAUCAAUAAGAGUUGAAACCCUUGGAUUUGGAGGUCAGACUGUAUCUUUUCAGCUUGAAAAAUUUAUUUCUUGAUUGAUGUUGCAUUGACAUUUAUUCUAAUUGAAAUUGUAUGCAAAUGGUUGAAAGAAGUUUUUGCAUUUAAUACCUUUCUGAGUUGAGAUUAAUGUGUAACUUGUUUAAUAAUUGACAUUGUACAAUUUCAAUGUGUUAGUACAGCUGGCUAUUUGGGUUUAAAGCUGAAUAAUUUUGUGGUUUAAACCAAGUUACCAACAUGGAUGUAAAUAGAUCAGACAGUGUCUUAGACCAGGUCAUUCAAGCUCUUGAAGAUGAAAAAGCACAAUUAGAGGGGAAAUUAGAAACUGAAAUUGAUGUCUCAGAAGGACAAAAAUAUGAAGAACGCCUUGCAGAAAUUAAUGCAGAUUUGCAAGCUAAUAAGACAAAACUUCAAGGGUCAUCAUCACAAGUUGAGCAAGAAGUUAGGCGUUCAGAAAGAGAAAGACGUCCAACAGAAAAAAUGCUUGAGUUAAGACGUGAUGAGUUAGCAAAAAGAGAAAGGAAGUUUAUGUUCACAUACUUAAACUUUAAAGCUGAAGCUCAGUUUAUCAGAUCUAAACUGAAAGAACAAUGCUCUAAAACUGAGUUAGGUGAUAUGAUAGUGACUGCAGAAAAACGUGAAGCAGAGUUAAAACAAACCUAUGAGAGUAUUCGUGCAAUGAAUGUCCCAUCUCAAGAUAUAAGAAGGAAAAUGGAUAGCUGCACUUCAGUGACUAGUGAAGUAACUGCACUGUUGAAAAGACGUUGCACAGAAGUUGACACUAAAGAGUUUGAUGCGGAGGCUGUUAAAGAAACACUCCUCCAGUUACUGCAAAGAGAUGACGCCAAGUCAAUUUAUGGAUCAACUGUGUCAAGAGCUGAAAAAGAAAGUCAGCAAGGAAGUCAUAUGUCAGUAAAAAGAGCGGAAGCAGCGGCACGCUUAGCUGCAAAACGUGCUGAACUAAAUCGAGAAAAAGAAAUCUCAGCUCAAAGAAAAGAGGUGCUAGCCCAACAAGAGAGGUUAAAAAUGCUGGAGGAACAAAGGGAUCUUGAAGUCAUGGAAGCUGAAUAUAGUGUGUAUGCAGAAGAGGAAUCAAGAUUGAACGCUGAAAUAGGAGAUACAAAAGAAAAAUGUGCUUUGCCUCCAUGUCAGCAUCCGCUGCAACACAAUAACCAUUCAUGCACCAAGGUUUCAAACUUUCAACCUUUAGCUCAACCGUGCUCUGAAAUUAAGCUAGAGACUAAAGUAGAUGAGGUUGUAUUAGUGAAAGCACUAACAGAAUCCCUGGCAAUGACCAAACUUCCAGCUCCAGAGCCAUUCACCUUUACAGGUGACCCACUCAAGUUCAUUGAAUGGCGCACUUGUUUUAAAGCUUUGAUUGAAACAAACUGCACAACUUCAGCACAUAGGCUGUUCUAUCUAAAAAAGUACAUAAGUGGAGAUGCUCUUAGUGUACUAGAGGGAACAUUUUAUAGGAGUGAUGAAGAUGCAUACACGCAAGCUUGGGAUGCCCUGAAUAAACGCUAUGGACAUUCUUUUGUAGUUCAAAGAGCAUUUAGGACAAAGCUGAGUAACUGGCCAAAAGUAGGACCUAAAGAAUCACUGAAAUUAAGGGAGUUUAGUGAUUUCCUUAUCUCCUGUAAAAAUGCAAUGCCUCAUGUACAUGGUUUGGGAGUUUUGGACGAUUGUGAAGAGAACCAGAAAUUGCUUCAGAAACUUCCUGACUUUAUAACAACCCGCUGGAAUAGGCAUGUCAGUAAAGCACUUGAUGAUGAAAAGCCAUACCCAAGUUUUGCUGAGUUUUCAGACUUUGUGGCAGAAGAGGCACGUAUUGCAUGUAAUCCUGUUUCCUCUCUACAUGCUUUAAAACAUGCAGAUGAAAGGUUAGGAAAGGAGCAAAAACGUUUCAAAGCCAGUGCUCUGAUGCAAAAUGUUAAACCCAUUGCAAAGAACUUUAAUGCAUUGGAAAGAGAAACCAGUACCAAACUCAACCCUUCAGCUACUCGAGAUAAGAGACAACUAGAAUGUGUAUGCUGUCAGCAAAAUCACUUCAUAUACAAAUGUGAAAGGUUUGCGGCAAUGCCUCUUGAAGAGAAGAAAAGGUUUGUCAUCAACAACAAGAUGUGCUUUGGUUGUCUCAGAGUCGGUCAUAUCUCCAAAAACUGUAGAAAGCGAGCAACUUGCAACAUCUGCAGGCAAAGCCAUCCCUCUCCACUUCAUGAAGAACGUUUUCAAGGAGGAAAACCAGAAGCUUCAUCUGAUGAAAGGGCUUCCAUUAGCUUAUGUAGUGUGGGAAUGGACAACUAUAAUCGCACUUCAAUGAUAGUUCCAGUAUGGCUCUCUUGUGCAAUAAAGGACAGCCCAGAAAUUCUAGCCUACGCAUUGCUGGACACGCAGAGCAGUAAUACAUUCAUCAAUCAGGACAUCUGCGACAAACUUCAAGUACACACAGAACCUGUGAAAUUAAAGCUGUCCACAAUGACUGAUCGAGCUACGAUAGAGGAUUGUCAGAGAGUAGAUGGACUAAGAGUGAGAGGCUAUAGUUUGCAAGAGUACAUUGAGUUGCCACCAGUUUACACUCGAGACUACAUUCCCUUGGAACGAGAUAGCAUUCCUACUUGCAAAAAAGCUCAGAAAUGGACCCACCUGCUCAGUGUUGCAGACAAAAUGCCAGAUUUAUUGGAUUGUCCUGUAGGGCUUCUAAUUGGCUAUGAUUGUCCAAGAGCUCUAAAGCCAACCCAAGUGAUAUCAGGGAAUGAUAACGAGCCUUACGCAGUCAAAACAGACUUAGGCUGGAGUAUAGUGGGAUCCAUAGCUCCCAAUAGUUGCUCUAGAGAUGUAACAGGGUUCUGUCAUCGCAUAUCGGUGAAGGAACUCCCAGCUAUCACACCUGCCUCUAUAAUCAGGACGUUAGAAGCAGACUUCCGGGAUACAGAUUCAAAAGAGAGGACAAUAUCUCAGGAGGACAUUCAAUUUCUUCAACAGUUGGAUGAAAGGGUUCAACACAACAGAGAAGGACAUGUGGAAAUGCCCUUACCUUUCAGAAAGCGUCCUCAGUUGCCGAACAAUAAGCAGCUUGCUGUGGUUCGUUUGAGAUAUUUGAAAAGGAGAAUGGAGAGAAGUUCUAAGUACAGAGAAGACUAUGUGAGAUUUAUGGAUGGUGUCUUUAGAGAUGGAGAUGCUGAAGAAGCAACUACCACUGGAAAAGUAGACAGUACAUGGUACAUCCCACACCACGGGGUAUACCACCCAAGAAAGCCAGAAAAAAUAAGAGUGGUAUUUGACUGCUCAGCCAAAUUUGAAGGCACAUCUCUAAAUGACCACUUACUCACAGGGCCAGACUUAACAAAUGCUCUGACUGGAGUGCUGUGUAGAUUUCGUGAGCAUCAGAUUGCUAUUGUUUGCGAUGUGGAGAAGAUGUUCCAUCGCUUUCAUGUCAGUCCAGAUGAUCGUGAUUUCCUGAGAUUCCUAUGGUGGGAAGAAGGGAACACUGAAAAGGAACCCAAGGAAUAUCGCAUGCGAGUUCACAUUUUUGGAGCAGCAUCCUCUCCAGGGUGUGCGAACUAUGGCAUGAAAUAUCUAGCCAGCAAAUAUGAAAAGGACUACCCACUGGCAGCAAGCUUCAUUCGCAAAAACUUCUAUGUGGAUGAUGGUCUUGUCAGCGUUGAUUCCAAAGAGAAGGCCCACAAGUUGAUUAGCGAAGCAAAAGAUGUUUUGGCCAAAGGAAAACUGCGCUUACACAAGUUUGUGUCCAAUAGCAGAGAAGUUUUGAAUGCAAUACCAGAGAGUGAACGUGCCAGUGUAGUAAAGGAUGUUGAUCUGAACUACAAUGAGCUUCCAAUGCAGAGUGUACUGGGAGUAAAGUGGAACAUAGAGACUGAUACAUUCUCAUUUAAAGUCGACCUUACUGAAAAGGCUGCCACUCGAAGGGGAAUUCUAUCAGUGGUUGCAAGUGUGUACGACCCUUUAGGUUUUCUUGCUCCUUACGUCUUUGUUGGAAAAAGAGUGCUCCAAGAGAUGUGUAAACGAGGAGUAGGAUGGGAUGAACCUCUUCCCUCUGAUCUGAAGCCAAAGUGGGAUACAUGGCUCCAUGACUUGGAAAAUCUCCAAAGGAUUCAAAUACCAAGAUGCCUCAUUCCUGAAAAUAUGGGCAAAAUCCAGAAAAUUGAAUUGCAUCAUUUUUCAGAUGCCAGCAGUGAAGGUUAUGGACAGUGUUCAUAUAUCAGGACUGUUGCUGAUGAGCAAGUGCAUUGUGCGUUAGUCAUGGGAAAGGCCAGAGUAGCCCCUACAAAGGUUUUCAGCAUACCACGCCUUGAGCUGACUGCAGCCACAGUUUCAGCAUCAGUAAGUCAUCUUCUUAGAGAAGAGCUAGAUCUGGAGAUAAAUGAGGAGUUUUUCUGGACGGAUUCCCAGAUAGUAUUAGGAUAUAUUAAGAACGAAGCCAGACGCUUUCAUGUUUUUGUGGCUAAUCGUGUCCAGAAAAUAAGAGACUCAACAGAUCCAAAGCAGUGGUUCUAUGUGGAAACCAAUCAAAAUCCAGCAGACUGUACAUCUAGGGGUUCCAAGGUGGCAGACCUAAUUGACUCAAGUUGGUUGAAAGGCCCAAAGUUUCUAUGGGAAAAAGAAAUUGUUACUCAUAAAACUUCCCCAAAGCUUCUUGUAGGUGACCCUGAGGUAAAGGUCCUGAAAACAGAUGCCUGUGUAAGAGACAACUUUCUUGAAAGACUGACAAGAUUCUCAGAUUGGAAUACAGCACUCAAUGCUAUAGCUAGAAUCAAAAGACUUGUGAAAAGAGACAGAUCAGGGUUCAUUAGUGUAGAGGAGAGAGAGAAAGCAGCUCUUGUGCUUAUCAAGGCAGCACAAAAAGAAGCCUUUGAAGAAGAACUGAAAUGUCUCAGUCAAAACCCUGCUAAGCUACCAAAGAAUAACAGGUUAUUCCAACUUGAUCCUAUUCUCCAGAAUGAACUGCUCAGGGUUGGAGGACGGUUAAGAAAGUCUAACGCAGCAUUGGAGUUGAAACAUCCAAUAAUUCUUCCUAAGGAAGGCAUUGUCACACAGCUGAUACUUGACCAUUGCCACAAGAAAAUUCAACAUCAAGGUCGAGGUCAAACCUUAAAUGAGCUCAGAUCCAGUGGAUAUUGGAUAAUGGGUGCAAGCAAUGUAGUGGCCAAACACAUCAAAAAUUGUGUUACAUGCAGAAAGCUGCGCAGACCAGUUGAAGAACAGCGCAUGGCUGACCUUCCAGCUGACAGAGUAGAAUCAUCACCCCCAUUCUUGUAUUCUGGUAUCGACUGUUUUGGCCCCUUCUACACGAAACAAGGUCGGAAGGAAUUUAAAAGGUAUGGUCUGUUGUUUACGUGCUUGAGCUCCAGGGCUGUACAUUUAGAAAUGUUAGAAGAUCUCACUACUGAUGCAUUUCUGAAUGCUUUAAGAUGUUUCAUAGCAAUCAGAGGAGCCGUGCGACAGAUCAGAUCCGACCAAGGCACAAAUUUCGUGGGGGCAAAGAAUGAGCUGGAGAAAGGUUUGAAGGAUCUAGACCAAGAGAGGAUCUGUACCUAUCUUGCAAGCAAACAGUGUGAUUUCCUUAUGAAUGUUCCUGAAGCAAGCCACAUGGGAGGUGUGUGGGAACGCCAGAUAAGAACAGUAAGGAGUGUGAUGAACGCUGUUCUGGCACAAGCUAAAGGAAGACUGGAUGACACCUCAUUAAGGACAUUCUUCUACGAGGCAAUGUUAAUUGUGAAUAAUCGUCCGCUUACCACUAACACAAUAAAUGAUCCAAAGAGUCUUGAGCCUUUGACUCCUAAUCAUCUGCUUACGAUGAAGACAUCAGUGCCUCUGCCUCCUCCUGGCAAAUUUAUUCGUGAAGAUCUGUACGCUAGGAAAAGGUGGAGAAGAGUGCAAUACUUGUCUGAGCAAUUUUGGAGCAGAUGGCGUAAAGAAUACCUGGCCAACUUAAGCCUCAGACAACAAUGGCACAAACCUAGAAGAAAUGUUCAAAUUGGAGAUGUAGUGAUUGUCAAAGAGGACAAUGUUCACAGAAAUGAAUGGAGGUUAGCUAGAGUUGUUGAGACAAGUGCAGAUGAUGAUGGACUUGUAAGAAAGGUUAAACUCCAAAUGGGACAAAGUAAGUUAGGUAAAAAGGGUGAGAGAUUGACACAAAUAACUUUUUUGGAACGUCCAAUUCAAAAAAUAGUGGUAAUAGUUGAGAACAAUUCCUAAACUACAAGUAUACACACAGUUUUCUUAACAUACAGAGUAGUGUUGUUCAAAGAAAAUGAAUAUAACUCUGAUGUUGAAAGUGUUGAAAGAAGAAUGAAAGUUAACUGACACCUUAUAGGAAAAUUACAGGCUUUAUUGGUUUCAGUUAAAAAGUACAAAUUUCAUAAAUCCUUGUAAUUUUGGUGGCAGUGUAGCUGACACAGAAAAAGUGUAUUUCUUGUUUAAUAUUUUUGUUACCUUUUAAAAGUAUUUGUUUGUUUGUUACAAAUGUUGUUUAAUAAUUGAAUGUUUAUUUGAGUAUUUGUAUUUUAUCUUCUUAACAAU